GUGGGGCCUGUAGCACGCGGUGGGCGGUACUUAGACAGAGACCCCAUACCCGGAUUGUGAUCUCCCUCCGGCCCACAGUAUGGUCCGGCACGUGUUUCUGACGGGGCCCCCAGGAGUUGGAAAGACAACUCUGAUCCAGAAAGCCAGUGAAGUUUUGAAAUCCUCCGGCGUGCUGGUCGAUGGGUUUUACACGGAAGAGGUCCGGCAGGGCGGAAGAAGAAUAGGAUUCGACGUUGUCACGCUAUCCGGCCUGCGGGGGCCUUUGUCCAGAGUUGGGUCAGAGCCUCCGCCUGGCAGACGGGAGUGCCGAGUCGGGCAGUACGUGGUGGAUCUGCCGGCCUUUGAGCGGCUGGCGCUCCCGGUCCUGAGAAACGCAGGUGCCGGCAGCGGCCCCGGCUGCAGAGUGUGUGUCAUCGACGAGGUUGGGAAAAUGGAGCUCUUCAGUCAGCCUUUCACCCACGCGGUUCGCCAGACGCUGUCUGCCCCAGGCACUGUGGUCCUCGGCACGAUCCCCGUCCCUAAAGGGAAGCCGCUGGCCCUGGUGGAGGAAAUCCGAGGCAGAGCGGACGUGCGGGUGUUCAGUAUCACCAAGGAGAACAGAGACCACCUCCUGCCGGACAUCGUGAUGUGUGUGCGGAGUGGCCGGCAGUGAAGGUGAUCCGCGUCCCCACGUCCCCCGCAUGUGAAGGAACGUGCUGGUGCCACAGCAGCCUGCUGGCGGGUCUCUGAAGCCGUGUGGCCUUCUGCAAGGAAGCCUGACAGCUGUUUUCCAUGAAGUGUUUAAAAGAUCGAAUUAGCCGUAAUGCUGGAUUGACUCUGCAAGACUAAUCAUCCAUUGUGGCUUAUUUAUGCCGAGAGUUUUCUGUUUAUUUCCUCUUGCAGUUGUGCGUAUGAUUUGGGUAAAUUACGAAACGAGAAAUGGCUCUCAGCACCAGAUGGGACUUGCCCCGUGGAAGUUUGUAAGUGUGUUGGGGGCGGGGGGAGCGCUCACGGCCUUGUCAGUUCUGCAGGCCGUGAACGGCGGGUCCCUCCCUGGGUGCCCUGCAGUCCUGUGCAGCGUGAAGAGAUAACGGUUGUUUGAUUUCUAAAAAGUAUUUCAAAAGGAAACCAUUUCAGGCUCCUCCAUCACUUACUGUUUAUUUGUCUGCUUAUGACUUAAUAAAAUAAAGAUGAAUGUGA